AUGAAUGCCCAGCUGUCGAUGGAGAAUAUUGGCGAUCUGCACGGAGUGAGCCACGAGCAGGUGUCCGCCACGGCUGAGCUGAUGAGCGGCAGCCCUCAUCACAGGACCACGGUGACCCAUCGCGGCAGCCACUUGUCAGCCCACGCCCGAUCCAUGGGCAUGGCGUCAAUCCUAGACAGCGGCGACUAUCAUCAGCAUCGACCGCCGGACCACGGUCUGGCCGGCCACCUGCACCCGGCGAUGUCCAUGGCUUGCGAGGCUCCUCCGGGCAUGGGCAUGAGCAUGAGCAGCACCUACACUACGCUAACCCCCCUGCAGCCGUUACCUCCCAUCUCGACAGUCUCGGACAAGUUCCCCCAUCACCACCACCACCACCAUCACCAUCAUCAUCACCCCCACCAGCGGAUCUCCGGCAACGUGAGCGGCAGCUUCACCCUCAUGCGGGACGAAAGGGGUCUGGCGCCCAUGAACAAUCUCUACGCUCCAUACCACAAGGAUGUUACCGGUAUGGGGCAAAGCCUGUCCCCGUUGUCAGGAUCCGGGCUUGGCGGCAUACACAAUUCGCAGCAGGGGCUGCCGCCUUACGCACACCCGGGUGCCGCUAUGCCGACGGAGAAAAUGCUGACACCCAACGGAUUUGAAGCCCACCACCCUGCCAUGCUGGCCAGGCAUGGGGAUCAACAUAUGACCGCGUCCUCCGCGGGCAUGGUCCAGAUUAACGGGAUUCACCAUCACCCUCAUGCCCACCUGAACGCCCAGGGCCACGGCCAAGUUAUAGGCUCGCCCAGAGAACACAAUCCAUCGUCAAUGCCAGGAUCGCAGGUCAACAACGGAGGGAAUUCAGGCCAAAUGGAAGAAGUCAAUACCAAAGAAGUAGCUCAGAGGAUCACCACUGAGCUCAAAAGGUACAGCAUCCCCCAGGCUAUUUUUGCCCAGAGGGUGCUGUGCCGAUCGCAAGGGACCCUAUCUGAUCUGUUGAGGAACCCCAAACCGUGGAGCAAGCUGAAGUCCGGUCGGGAGACUUUCCGAAGAAUGUGGAAAUGGCUGCAGGAGCCUGAAUUCCAGAGGAUGUCCGCUCUCCGGCUCGCAGCAUGCAAGAGGAAGGAACAGGAACACGGGAAAGGAGAGAGGGGGAGCAUCUCCAAGAAGCCACGGCUGGUGUUCACAGAUGUGCAGCGCCGGACUCUACAUGCAAUAUUCAAGGAGAACAAGCGGCCGUCCAAAGAAUUACAGCUCACCAUCUCACAGCAGCUGGGUCUGGAGCUCACCACCGUCAGCAAUUUCUUCAUGAACGCGCGGAGGCGGAGCCUGGAUAAGUGGCUGGACGACGGGAGCUCCAACUCGGCCAACUCCUCAUCCUCAUCAAGCACUUGUACCAAAGCAUGA